AUGUUGUAUGUCACGUUGGACACCACCUUUAAAGAGUGAGUUUGUCUAUAGAAAUAUCAUAAAUGUUCAAAGUUUAGAGCGACAUACUAUACAUCUACAGUCAAUCGCUCCAUUAACCCGGUAUAAAGUACAGAAAAUUGAGUACAUACUUCUUCUCAAAGCCAGGUGUGUGUGCAAAUGUGCUCUACUGUAGAAAAAUAAGAAUUUCAGCCGUUCCCGAUCUAUCGAAACAUGCCCAAUGCAUACUUGCCGAAGAACGCGAGCACUACGCCGGUGCACUCUUCGAUCAUUGCCUUCGGAAUCGAAGAAAUGAACCCGCACACUUUGCACACCUCGAAAGACAACAACGUAUGCAAAAAGAUCUUCAUCUUCUGCACAUUAGACCACUGCUCAAAAAAGUUCCCAGAGAACAUGUUUUAAUGCUGAUAUUGAAGAUAUUAUGGGUACUUUCUUUUUUCUUGGGUUUUAAACUUAAAUGAUCUGAAUAAAUAGUCUUCUUCAAAGUGUAUUGAUUCUGAAAAUGCUGCCAAAGCUGUAUGUUAAAUGAUGAUGAUGAUAAGCAAAGUUUGGCGGUUACCGUCAACAAGCGGAUAUAAAUGAUGCUGUUGAGAUGAGCUUUAAGAGAACAAUAAUCAACGUUCCACAAAAACAUUUCUCGUAAAAAGCGUAUUGAUUGUUGCUCCCCUAAAGCCCAUCUCAUUAGCGAUUAGGCACGUAGAAGUGCUUUAUGCAAACCUCGAAUUAGUUGCCAUUCUGAGAAGCGAAAAGCGAAAAAACCCACUCAUUUUCGUCUCGCUUCUCACCGACUCCCGGUAACUCAAUCGGUGAGUCCAGUCAGUCCGUCCGUCACUCAAUCGCUAACACUUUAUUUAUUAUUUCCUCACAUGUCUCCAACUCGUUUCUCUUCCGAAAACCCUUUGUGAGUCAGUCGUUAUGCUCGACUUUUCCGUCAUUGCUGCAAUUCUGCUGGGAGUGGCAAGUGGCGCAGGUUGCCGGAACUUUUAAGGAAAGUUUUACUCAUUUUCAGAUAAGUCUUCCAGGUCUCAUUGUGAACGUUUACGUCUUUUUGAAACUGUUCCUACGCAAGGUGCAAUUCAGCGGAUUUCAAAAGUUGUGCAUCGUCAAAGCGGUUCCCAAUUCGAUUGUUUGCUUCACUUUUCUGGUUUGGUCAACUCCCCUCUGUGCUUUGUGAGUGAUGAACGCUCUCCUCACUAAUCUGGAGCAUUUUCAGAAAUCCACAAUAUGAAAGCAUUGCGAGGAAUGUGAAUGUGGGGUUCGGACAGCUCGCCGGAUGGGGAGCUUACAUUUUGGGUAAGAUCUUUGUAAUUGAUGAAUAGGUUUCUUUCUAAAUCUGUAGAAAGGUCCAUUUGAUUACGGAAAGCUACAAAACAGUUCAAACUUUUAAUAGGUCCGCUAAUUCAAGUGUGCAUGUCCUUCAACCGCUUUUACGUCCUCUACUUUCCAAUGAACUCGCUGAAAGUGUCCAAUUAUCCAAUAACCAACAUUGCCAUACUCAUUGCCCUCUGCGUCGCACUCAUCUACACAGUUAUCGGUCUUCCAGGUGAACAACUCAGUUUUGCCAAGUCUAAACAGUAAAUCCAACUAGAAUUGUACACUACAGAUCAGUGCGGAUUCGUCUUCGACCCUGAGAUCUUGGCGUGGCGGCCGGAGGCGUUUGAAUGCGCCGAAUGGCUCGCCGAUUUCAUUUUCGUCUCGAUUCUCAGUCUGUCAAUUACCUCCAACUCGCUCAAUUUUGCCACUUUUUUCAAAUUAGUUUCUAGCCGGGUACGGAAAUGGAAUAGGCCAGGAUAUUAAAUCAAUUUGAUGUCAGGUGGAAGGCGUUUCUUCGGACGACAGCAUCAAUAGGAGGAAACGAAGAAUCAGCAUGUAUAUUCAAGUGAGUUCGAAUGAACUGAUGCGGCUCAUUUGCACAUGUAAACCUUUGGAAGAAGUUGUGUUGCUCCUUGCAGCGUCUCGCCUACAAAUCACCCGACUUGCAUCAACAUAUUUGUUUUACAGAGUGUGCUUCAAGACACACUGCACCUGAUCGACAUGAUCAAUUGCACGAUAUUGUUCAAAUUGAACUCCGCCGUGUGGUAUCAGUUUCUUUUCCUUUCUGUCAGCUUCCUGGCGAUUCACGCGCUUGACGGGUCAGUUGGAGAGUGA